GGGUGGCUUGCCUUUAGCUCUCGGUUUUGUGUGCACUUGUUGUACAGAUACCGGAGUGAAGAAAUUACAAAGAAGAUAUAAAUAAAUAAAUAAACACUCUGUGAUAUUAUCUGCGUGCUCCAGAGAGUUUGUGAUUGAAUGGUGUGGAGAAAUGUCCUGGCUUUAAUGUGUCUGGAAGGAGUUUAAACUGAUGGUGAGGUGAAGAAGUGACGUAGAGAGAAAACAAAUGUGAGGAGCAGGUGGAGGAGAUCUGUGUGAGGUGAGCAGGAUGGAUGAGAGUGAUCAGCUCCGUAACAAGCCUAUCCUGGAUGAGUUGACGGCUGAUGGCAUCAGCAUCGAGGAUGUGCAGUACUUGGCUCUGAGGGAGGAACUGGAAUCUGAUGCUCGGGAUUUUGAAGCUCCUACAUGGAGUUUAACUGUAGAUCCGCAGUAUGUGAAGAAUUUCUCUAAAGAUGCUGUUAAAAGGCAAGACGUCAUCCACGAGUUGAUCCAGACGGAAGUAAACCACGUGCGGACGCUGAAGCUCAUGCUGUUUGUGUAUAUGCGUGAGCUCCGGGAUUCGCUGCUGAUGGACAAGUCUCAGCUCGAGCGUCUCUUCCCUUAUCUGGACCGUUUACUGCACGAACAUCAGAACUUCCUGCAGAGACUGAAACACUGCCGCAGAGAGAGUCUGGAGGAAGGAAGUGACAAAAACUACUGCAUCUCUAACAUAGGAGACAUCCUCAUCACUCAGUUUUCGGAGGAUUGCAGGAGCAGGCUGCAGGACAGUUACGGUGUUUUCUGCAGUCAUCACACCGAGGCAGUGAAUUUUUACAAAGAACAACUGCAGAACAAUAAAAAGUUUCAGAAUCUGAUACGAAGAAUCGGUCAGUUGUCGAUCGUGAGGAGGCUGGGCGUGCCGGAGGGGAUUCUGCUCAUCACCCAGCGCAUCACCAAAUACCCAGUCCUGGUGGAGCGCAUCAUUAAAAACACUGAAGAGGGCACACAGGAGCAUAAAGAUCUUGUAAAUGCUCAGGAGCGCAUCAAAGACACGAUCUCCGCUGUGGACACGCAGGUCCAUCAGUACGAGCAGCUGCGGGAGAUUGCCGCUCAACUUGAACCCAAAUCCUACGGCACUACGAGCAACGGCAAGAUUUUCCGCAGAGACAAUCUGCUUCAGAAGGACAGGAGGCUGUUGAGAGAGGGCGUACUGACCUGGAAACCCCAAAACAGGUCCAAAUCGUUGGACGUCAUCUUGGUUCUGCUGCCUGAUUUACUGCUGCUGCUACAGGACAAAGAUCAGAAAUAUGUAUUCGCUCAUCUGGAUGGGAAGCCUUCUGUUCUUCCCCUGCAGAAGCUGAUUGUGAGGGAUGCAGCUCACAGUGACAAGGUGAUGUAUCUGAUCUCAGCGUCUGAUGUAAAAGCCGAUCUGUACGAGUUCCACGCCUCAACAGCUGAAGAACGAAGCAGCUGGAGACAGCAGAUAUGGGAAACUGUUGAGAAAUGUCCACAUGUGGAGGAAGAGCUCAUGGAGAAUAAUGACGUUUACAGUGAUAAACUCCGAGAAGCUCACGACCUGCUGUGUGAGAAAGAUGCUCAGAUCGAGGAGAUCCUCAGGCAGAAGCUGCAAAUUUUUUCCAACCUGUCAGAGGUUCCCAUGGAGAACCCCACUACAGCAAGACGCCUGCUGCUGCAAGGUUCUGCGCCUGAGCUCCAGCAGGGGGAGCUGUUAAUUAACAAGGCCAUCAUACAUGCUGAGGCUUUACAGAUGCAGCUGAUGGAUGGAGAGAUGAACUUUAUUCCUCUGUCUGGAGAGAGUGAUGUCGAGCUGCGCAGAAAAUCACUAACUCUGCCUGCAUACAACAGAAUGAAAAGAAGUGCUGAUGGAUUUCGGUCCAGAGAUCAGAGACCGAACUCAGAUCCCCAUCUCAGAGACCUUUACCUUGAGCCCCUGGAGUUAUCUGCUGAUGAUGAAGACUGCUCCACGUUUCCUCCUCCAGCAUGCGCCUUCAGAGCUGAGUGGAUUGAGGCUGCAGAUAAACUGAUACGGACGCUGUACAGUCUGAAGGCGCUGGUGUCUCAGCAGGACAGUGAGUUGGAGGUUCUGCGUGCAGUUCAGUUGGAGCAUGAGCGUUCGUCCCGUCAGCGUUACAGCUCCAUCCAGGAUCAGGAGCGACAGCGGCACCUGGAGAAGCAGCGUGAGGAGCUCCUCCACCUGCAGAAGGUCCAUACGCAGCAGCGGCAGGAGCAGGAGGAGUGGGCUCGCGAGCGUCAGCGCCACCUGCUGGAGAUGCACAGGCGCGAGCAGGAGCUGAGCCGCCGCAUGGACGAGUACACCAACAAGGAGGCGUGGCUCUGUGCCGAGAGGGACGUCCUGCACCGCAGCCGGGAGGAGUACCAGCAGGACCUGGAGCGUCUGAGGGACAGCACUCGCAUUGUGGAGAAGGAGAAGGAGAAACUGGAGCAGGAUAUCAAGAGAUUCAGAAAACACAAGAACCUCACCAAUCUGGGUGGAGCCUCACACCUGGGCGGGGCCUCACAUCAGGACAGCGCACAGCUGGUUGUUCCAUAUUCAUCAGCUGACGAUAGGCUUGGCAGAUCUCCGGUACAGCCCAGUCUGCCUCAGGAGCGCCCUCCAGUGGUCCCUCCUCGCAAAGAGAGCAUGAGUGUCUCGGCGAGCGUCAAAGCAGAUGUUCCCAUCCAGCUGCUGAGCACCACCAACGAGGCGCUAAAGUCCAGCAGCAUCCAGCAGCAAAUCCCAACUAAACUAGCCAUUAGCAGCGGGAAGGAGAAGAACAAGAGCAAGAACAUACAUCAUCGCAACAACAGCGCAGCCUCGAUAGAAGUUUCUGAAGUGUUUCCUAUUAAGGUGUCGGGAAAAGAAACAGGAAGUUUACGAGCAACGAAAACCACGAACCCCCACAAACUCACUGCAGACGUUUAUCAGGAACUCGCUGUGAACUCGAAGCUUCCACAUUCAGCAGACACUCGCCGAAGAGCCGCUCAGCCACAGAACCAGCAGAGACCCGCGUACAGCAGCCAGGAGGACGUUCUCUUCUUUUAGUUCUUCACCGUCCAUCGUCUCUGCACCUUCACACACGAUGACAACUACACGCUGAAUAGAGUUUCUGUGGCUGUGAACAGAGACUGUGAAUUUUACACACCUUUACACACAGGUGUGAGUUUUAAAAGCUGGAGAAGGAAAUGAUUUGAAUGUUUUUAAUGUUUUACACCCACUGUUGUUUUACAGCACUUUCUGUAAGAAAAAAAUCUAUCUACAAACACAAGAAAAGUAUCAGAUCAGUGCUGUUUCUGUAAAUAUCUGUAGAAUUUUGUGAAUAUCAUGACUCAAGUUCAGGGAAUUUAUACUGUUUAGAAAAUGUAAAAUUAGUUUAAAAAAAAAUGCUGUUAGAGAAAAUAAUUAGCAACAUUAGCAGUUUUCAUGUUCUGUUCCUGUUCAGACUGUUAUGUUUCAGGGCUGAAAAAAUCCGAUCUGAAGAUCCAAGCUGAAGAAUUUGUACUUUCUUCUUCUUAUUUUUUUAAUGAUAUUUAAUGAUCUUUUCUGUUAGUAAAACACCUCGAGACUUUUAAUCUUCUGUUUCAAAAAGUGCCUGCUGGAUCGAGAUGUCGUGCACCAAGGGUUUAGUAAUGACUUUUUGUUCUUUCUUUUUUACUUUUGGGGGAAAAAAGUGACAUUUUCAAAACCAAAAACAUCUGAGUCUGAAAAAUAAAAAAGGAGAAAUUUAUCAUGUUA